GUCCAGAGAGAGAGAGAAUUACAAGCAGAGAGAGAGAGAGUCAGAUACAAGCAGAAAGAGAGAGAGAGAGAGAGAGAGAGAGAGAGAUCUGAAAAAGAUCUACAGAGCUGUACCUCCAUCCAGAGAAAGAAAUAAAGAAAGGAGGAGAAGCCUGAUGUACAGAGACUCCUGAAAGAAAAGGGCGAACAGAAAACGACGGAAAGUUUGACUGAAAGUAAUAACAGUAUAUCAGAAAUCACUGAAGGAGAAAAUAAUGGAGGGAAAAAUCACGGAUUUCUCUGGAACCUGGAAAAUGAAAAGUUCAGAGAACUUCGAGGAGCUGCUGAAAGCUCUCGGUGUAAAUGUGUUUUUGAGGAAGAUUGCAGUGGCAGCGGCAUCCAAGCCCUCAGUGGAGAUCUCACAGCAGGGUGAGACCCUCUCCAUCCAGACCUCCACCAGCGUACGCACCACCCAUGUGUCCUUCACGGUGGGAGAGUCGUUUAACGAGGCCACUGUGGAUGGACGACCAUGCACGAGUUUUCCUAAAUGGGAGACAGAUAGAAAAAUCACAUGUGAGCAGACACUGCAGAAGGGCGAGGGGCCCAAGACAUCCUGGACACGUGAGCUGACCAACGACGGAGAGCUUAUUCUGACCAUGAGUGCUGCAGAUGUUGUCUGCACCCGUGUUUAUGAACGAGAGUGAUGAAUCGGCCCUGUGGUCAGAUGGCUCUUCUAGUUACAACCCACGCUUCAUUUUUUUAUUACUCACGUAGCCUAUACAUUUGUUCAUUGUCACUGACAGCACCUUUCUGCCAUUUAUGUGCAUCAUUUUGACCUAGUUAUGUGUGCCUGUGAUGUGUGUGUCUCUGUGUGUGUGAAUGUGUGUGCAUGCUCUGUUUGAGUGUGGAUGUGUGUGCGUGUAUUUCUCUGCUUCACAUGAGGAUAUCAAGUGCAACAACUGUAUUUAUUGUGAAGCAACAGUUUCUACCAGCUCAGUCAAAAUCUGCAUGUGUUGUUUAUACACAAGGUUUAUGGUCAAUAAAACAUGUUAACAUUCA